UUUUCCACUUCUCUCAUGCUAUUCCUGUCACCCCCCACACCACCUCCUGCCUCCUGCCUUUGCACUUGGCCAAGCCUCCUCUCCCCGCCUUCCCCAUCCUGUGGUCCCUCCUCUUUCCUUGUCUUCGCCCAUCUCCUGCCACCACCUCCUCCUCCUCCACCUCUCCACCCCUUUGCUGGGUCCCACCUCCUCAGCCCUGCUUCAUCUUCUCUUCCUUCCAUCCCUCUUCUUUGCCAGUCUGUCCCUCCCUUCUCCCAAGUUCCACCUCCCCCCAUCAUCUUCCCAUUCCCAGGGUGCAUUGCUUUAUUUGGACCGGUAGCUCUGGGAGAUGAGCUCUGGCUGCACAGACUGACCUCUGAGGACCAGAGCAAGGGGAGGGGGAGAAGGGAGAGCCCAGCCCAGCCUUCCCCUCCCCUCCUCUCCUCUCCUCUUUCCUCCUCUCCCUUCCCCUGCCCUGCCCAUGGGCCACCUGCCCCAGCAGCUGCAGGAGAGGAGGAGGAGGAGGAGUGAGAGAAGGGGGAGAUCCACCUAAAGGACAAAGGACAUCACCCUCAGGAGGGAAAGUGUGUGUGGCAAAAUGUGCCUCCGAGGGUGCUUGUUAUGCAGGGAGGAGUCCUCGGGCCAUUCCAUCUUUUGAAUGCGUUUGAACAUCGCCGCGGAGAUUAGCGCCCUCCUGGGCGAGGUGCGCUGUCCGCCCUUAGGGUCAUCUGGAUGUCAGCAUGGCAGCCUCAAACCUGGAGAACCAGUUGCACAGUGCCCAGAAGAACCUGUUGUUCCUUCAACGGGAACACGCCAACACCCUGAAGGGCCUGCACGCUGAGAUAAGACGCCUGCAGCAACACUGCACAGAUUUAACAUAUGAGCUGACACUGAAAAAUUCAGAGCAGGCAGGAGACGGAAGCGCCCGGAGCAGCGAGCUGAAGCGGAGGUGCGAAGACCUGGAGGCGGAGCUGAAGGCCAAGGAGGCGGAGAACCAGGCGCUGCUGCAGGAGCUGGAGCAGAAGAACGCGCUGAUCGCGGUGCUGGAGACCACGGUGAAGGAGCGGGAGAAGAAGUACCUGGAGGAGCUGAAGCUGAAGAGCCACAAGCUGAGCGUGCUGUCGGCCGAGCUGGAGCAGCGCGCCGGCACCAUCGCCUACCUCACGGCGCAGCUGCACGCCACCAAGAAGAAGCUGCUGCUGGGCCCGGCCGAGGCCGCCGCCGCCGCCGCCGCGGGCCCCGCCGCCGCCGCCGCCGCCGCCUACAAGCCGGCGCCCCCCAAGGAGAAGCUGCCCGAGACGCCGCGGCGCCGCAUGAAGAAGAGCCUCUCGGCGCCGCUGAACCCCGACUUCGAGGAGGUGUACAGACUGGGCUCGGAGAGCCGCAAGCUGCUGCUGCGCGAGCCGGUGGACGCCAUGCCGGACCCCACGCCCUUCCUGCUGGCCCGCGAGUCGGCCGAGGUGCACCUCAUCAAGGAGAGGCCCCUCGUCAUCCCGCCCAUCGCCUCGGAGCGCCCGCCGGGGGACCAGCCCAGCCCCGCCCGGGAAAAGCCGCACAAGGCGCACGUCGGCGUGGCGCACCGCAUCCACCACGCGCCGCCCGGCCCGGCGCCCCCCGAGGUGGAGACGCUGGCGGUGGAUCAGGUUAACGGAAGCAAAGUUGUUAGGAAGCACUCAGGGACCGACAGAACUGUCUAAGACAACCCCACGAGACCGAUAUUCCAUUGCUGUUCAUGCACUGUGAUCACUCCUAGGAAACACAAAUUCGUCUAACACUUUUUUUUAGUCCCCUGCAUGCCAAAAAUUUUUUCAGACCUGUCCGACUCCUCCCCUCCUCUUCCUCCCCCCUCCCCUCCCCCUCCCCUCCCCCUCCCCCAGCCGAAGUAGGGAUCGCGUUCCUAAUGCAGGCCAUGCACUCGCCAGACCCGCGGCCGAACCCCGCGCAGCCCAACGCUCGCUUCUGCCCCUCCGCCAUUUAACCCAAGAGCGCGCGUGGACCAGAGCGCGGGCCGCGGCCGCGUCAUCACGCGAUACUAAGGACCCCUAGUAGUGACAUGCCUAGUUACAAAGCUGGAACGGCGCGUAUCAACUUCCGUAUGAUCCCCUCCUCCCGAGCCUUCGGUCCCUCCCGUAUGUGACGGUUCAUACGUGGCGGAGACUCGUAAUUCCAGGGACAAACCCUUCACAGGCAGCAUUGACAACAAUGCAGAUAUAUGUAUAUGUCAAAAGGAACUAAAUAAGAUUGACAUUUCUCUUCGUGUCACCUUGACCCUAAUGUGUGUUCAUAUUUUUUGUUAUAUUUUAUUCCAAAUUUUGAAGAUCCCAACAAACUUUAUUUUCUAAACCUGCUA